AUGAACAACAAAAUAGAACAGACCUUCUGUGUACUAUCCACAAGAUUCAACGCCCAGUACUUGUUUCGUUUCAGCUGCCAGAAGUCUCUCUUUUUGUUUGCACAUAAUCAUCCAGUGAGAAAAGUGGCACUUCGUGCUAUGACACACGAAUAUCCUUUAUCAUUAAAGUGUCUCAUCUUUACAGGAAUAUAUACAUUGGAAGUAAUUAUUAAGGUACUGUCCCGAGGCUUUGUAUUGCAUACGUUUUCAUACCUCAGGAACCCAUGGAACUGGUUGGACUUCACAGUAGUUUUGUUGGCUUAUUUGACACUGGCAUUUCCAACAAUUCCUGGACUAUCAGCGUUAAGGGCUUUCCGAGCUCUUAAGAUGAUUGCAAUUUUACCUGGGCUCAAGACUAUCAUUGGUGCUAUAUUCAAGUCUGCGAGGCUGCUAAUGGAAGUCCUUCUUCUCAUGAUGUUUGUUCUCCUAAUAAUUGCAUUGUUUGGACUUCAAAUUUUCAAAGGCGUUCUGACACACAAGUGUAUAAAAAACAUGGAACCCAGGGUUAACAUUACUCAUGCAGAAUGGGACAAUUAUAUUCAAAACAAAUCUAACUGGCUUGUUAUUGAAGACGUCGAUACAAUGGUUUGUGGAAAUGGAACUGGUACUGGGAGAUGCCCCACAAACUUUACAUGUCUCCCUGGCAUAGGAUUCAAUCCAAACAAUGGAUAUACAAAUUUUGAUAAUAUUGGAUGGGCAUUAAUCACAGCUUUUCAACUCAUCACACUGGACUACUGGGAAAACACGUAUAACUUGGUACUACGUGCCAGUGGAGCCUUUUACAUUAUCUUCUUUAUAGUAGUCGUCAUGUUUGGUGCUCACUACAUCGUAAAUUUGGUGCUAGCAGUCGUGGCAGCUUCCUAUGAAAAGGAAGCCAAAAGAAAACAAGAACUAAAGGAAGAAGAGGAACGGAUUUUGGAGUUACGGCGACAGAAAGCACUGCUGGUUUUGUCAAUUAUUUUUAUAAUAGAAGCUAUUCUGAAGGUGACUGCACUAAAUCCCAUGCCCUAUGUGAGAAAUGGAUGGAAUGCAUUUGAUUUUAUUAUUGUUCUGCUGACUUGUUUAGAAUGGAUACUCUCCACAGUAAAUAUUCCAACACUUAAACUUUCCAUGAUACGAUCACUGAGAAUGCUUAGAGUCUUCAAACUAGCAAAAAACUGGAAAACACUGAACACAUUGAUCAACAUUAUAUUCAAAUCUUUAAAAGAGAUGGGAAAUCUGACACUUAUUGUCAUCAUCGUGAUUUAUAUAUUCACUGUAAUAGGAAUGCAGCUUGUUGGACAUGACUAUGAAAAUAAAGCAUUUGAAGGCAAUCAAAUACCAAGAUGGAACUUCAGAGGCUUUUACAAUUCCUUUAUAAUGGUCUUUCGAAUUCUAUGUGGAGAAUGGAUUGAACCAUUGUAUGAUUGUAUGCGCUGCUCAAAGAUGUACUUUUGUCUACCACUGUUCCUGCUUACAUACAUAGCUGGAAACUUUCUGGUGUUAAACUUGUUCUUGGCUCUUCUUCUCAACUUCUUUUCUGGGGAUACACUUACUGCAAAUAAAAAGGAAGAAAAAACAACUCCAUAUAAAGAUUAUAUUAAGAGCUUCCUGCUUACGCUAUCUUGCCGAAAAAGAAAUAAAUCAUCUUUGGGGAAAAUACAGCCAGAUGAUCAAACGGAUACUUCAGAGACAGACAAUGCUCACUUUUCUAAUGAUGUCCCUUUAUCAGACUGCAAUAUGAAACAUCAGAUGAGUAUGCAAAAUGAAAUUAACUUGUCAAGGACUGUUGAGUCAACAGCUUCGCCAACACUGUCAAAUAGUGUUGAGCUCCCUUCAACAGGCACAAAUGAAGUGCCUACCAUCAGUGCUAUGUGUGAUCCAGCCAGCAGUGGACGGAAGUAUGAAAAUGGAUCAGCAGUCUUGAUGCUCGAGACGGUGGAGGAAGAGCAGCAGGAAGCAGAACGUGAACGCUAUCGUCCAUCUGGGAACACAGGUUGCCCAGAAAUAACAGAGCAGUCAAACGAUAAACCUGUUAAUGAAGAUAAUAAAACCGAUGGUGAGAAGCCUCUAUGCUCAGUUGAAGAGGAAGGCAUGGAGGAUGAAGAACAAAAAACAGAAGUCAAAACAAUGCAGCCCUGCUUGCCAGCCAUGUGCACUGAAAAAUGCAUUUGUUGUAAUGCACUUAAAACAACCUUCUUGGGAAAGCUCUUCCUUUCACUGAGGACACUGAUGUUCAAAGUGGUGAAUAAUCGUGUGUUUGAUGGCAGUGUACUGUUUGUCAUACUUUUGAGUACAAUGACACUGACUUUAGAUGAUAAAUACUUACAAAAAGAUGCAAAAGUCCAGCUGGCACUGCGGUACCUGGAUUACUUUUAUGCCUUCUUUUUCAAUUUUGAAAUGAUUGUUAAAGUGCUAGGCCUUGGUCUUACAGACUAUUUUACCAAUGUCUGGACAUUACUGGAUUUCUUUCUUGUUGUGGUAAGUUGGCUCAGUAUGUUAGGCAACAGCAUUCAAGCCUUCAAAUCACUGCGAUCUCUCAGAACACUGCGUGCUUUGAGACCUCUACGAGCCAUUUCUCGUUGGGAAGGAAUGAGGCUUGUUGUUAACGCCUUGGUUGCUUCAAUACCAUCGAUUUCUAAUGUCAUGUUCGUAUGUCUUGUAUUCUGGCUGAUAUUUGGCAUUGUUGGUGUUCAGAUCUUUGGUGGAACUUUCUUCCAAUGUGUGGAUCAAAAUAAUGACCGUCUUCCCAUUAGUAUUGUAAAUAAUCGAUCUGAAUGCAAUGCAUACCAAGAUCUCGGAUACCAAUGGGUCAACCCCAAGAUUAACUUUGAUAACGUAUUAGCUGCUUACAUGGCUCUCCUGCAGGUGGCAACAUUUGAAGGUUGGCUAGAAAUUAUGGCAAAUGCUGCUGAUACUCGUGGGAUUGACCUUCAGCCUGAAAUGGGUGCAAAUCCAUACAGCCUCUUCUACUUUGUAGCUUUUAUUGUAAUUGGAACUUUCUUCACAUUGAAUCUUUUCAUUGGUAUAAUUAUUGAUAAUUUUAACACCAUGCAUAAAAGGGUGAAAGGAGCUUUAGUCACAGUUCUAACUGAAGAUCAAAGAAGGUUUUAUGGCACACUUAAGCGUCUGUUUAAGACUAAACCAUUUAAGAAAAUUCCAACUCCUAAGAAUGUGAUUCUUUACAAGUUCUACAAGUUAGUGAGCCAUAGAUGGUUUGAACCAUUCACCAUUUUCUUGAUAACAUUGAAUGUGCUGGUGAUGGCAUGUGAUCAUUAUGGACAGACAAAAAGAUUUGCCUUAGUUUUAAAUUGGUUCAACGUAAUAUUUGCAGCUCUAUUUACAGUUGAAGCAAUUUUAAAACUGUUAGGCCAACGCCAAUACUAUUUCACUCAAGCUUGGAAUAUCUUUGAUUUUCUAGUCGUCGUUCUUUCCCUUGUAGGAAUCUUGUUGGAUUCAUCCGCAUCCAAAAAGCAAGGGGUUUCUCCGACUAUUUUACGCGUGUUCCGAAUUGUAAGGCUGGCGCGGUUGUUGAGGUUGGUGAGAUCCUUGAAGGGGAUUCGGAAGUUGCUGUUCACGUUGGUGAUAUCCAUCCCGGCCCUUUUCAACAUCGGCCUGCUCCUCGGCCUGGUCAUGUUCAUUUAUUCAAUCUUGGGGAUGAGUUUGUUCCGAGACCUUCCGAGAGAAUCGCCAAUAAACGACAUGGUCAAUUUCGAAACUUUCGGCAAUAGUAUGAUGCUUCUGUUUAGACUGACAACAGCCGCCGCUUGGAAUGAGAUUCUCCACGUGAUGAUUAACUCCCCUGUCCAGCGGCAGUUUGUAUCGUUCACCUACAUGACAUCGUACAUCGUGGUCGCGUAUAUCGUGAUUAUCAAUAUGUACGUCGCUGUCAUUUUAGAAAACUUUCACGAAGCCCAAGAGCAAGAACUCGCUGGAGUGACAGAUGAAGACGUGGACAUGUUUUACGAGGUCUGGAGUAAUUAUGAUGUGAAGGCGACACAGUUCAUCACAUACGACCAAUUAUCUGAUUUCCUAAAUGAACUCAAAUCUCCUUUACGAAUACCAAAACCUAACGCAGUGAAAGUUGCGGCUCUCAACCUCCCAUUAACUAACGGUGACAAGCUGCACUGUCUGGAUGUGCUGGAAGCUCUCAGUGCUGUUAUCGUUGGCAAAGUAACGGAGUCAGAGCCUCUCAAGAAGCUAAGUGGAGAAGUUUUUAAAAUGUCAGUGAAAGUAUUCCCCAUUCGGAACACCUUGGAAACGCUCACGACCACGUUCAUGUUACGAAAGGAAUUCAAGGCUGCGUUAACCAUUCAGAAAGCGUUUCGAAAGUGGAAAUUACGUCAAAACCAUACCACAGCCAAAAUGAAACUUGAAAGAUCUUUCAGCUCCUUGAGAAAAUCGCUCCGAAGUCUCCGUUCCAGCAGGCCGACCUCUCCUUUAACAUGAUUUUCACCUGGUUAUUAGUAGAAGCGUAGACAGUGCGAAAGCGGAACCCUUCACUUUAAUGGGUGUCUUUUGGUGAUU